AUGGCUUCUCCCAUCAAAAUCGAGUACCAGGGCCGUGUCGCCAUCAUAAGCAUAGACAAUAACAAGAAGCUGAACGCCCUCAGCCAACCGGGGUACUACGACCUCGCCCAGGCCAUGCGCGAGGUCGCCACCCACGACGAAGUGUUCAUCACGCUGCUCAUCGGCAAGGGCCGCUUCUUCUCCGCCGGCGCGGACGUAUCCCUCUCCCGGACCACCCCGCCAACCGCCCCCUCCUCCUCAGACCCGCACGCGACCCACCGGCUCUGGCUGCAAUCUUUCGUAGCCUUCAACCUGAACCUGACGCAAGCCUUCUACACGCACCCCAAGAUCCUGGUCGUGGGACUCAACGGGCCGGUGGUCGGGCUCUCGGCGGCGCUCGUGGCCUUCGCGGACUUCGUGUACGCGGCGCCGCACGCCUUCCUGCUCACGCCGUUCAGCUCGCUGGGCCUGGUGACCGAGGGCGCGGCGUCGCGCGCGCUGGUGCAGAGGCUGGGGAUUGCGAAAGCGAAUGAGGCGUUGAUUAUGAGCAAGCGGAUUAGUUGCGAGGAGCUGGUGGCGACGGGGUUCGUGAAUAAGGUGUUUGGGGAGUGUGGGAAGGGGGAGGAUGAGAAGUUUCGCGGGUUGGUGCUGCGGGAGAUUGAGGAGCGGUUGGGGGGGCAUUUGGUGGGGGAGAGUUUGUUGGGGAUUAAGAAGUUGAUUAGGAAGCCGGAGAGGGAUGUCAUGGAUGUGCAGAAUGUGACCGAGGUGUUUGCGGGCUUGGAUAGGUUCGUGAGCGGGGUGCCGCAGGAGAUGUUUAGACAGAUAGCGACGGGAGAGAAGAAGCACAAAUUGUAA